AUGGCUGAAAACGCUCGUCUGUACAGCAAGGGCCGCGUCUUGGGCUUCGCUCGUUCCAAGCACAACCAAUACUGCGACACUUCCUUGAUCAAGCUUGAAGGUGUUCAGACCACCCAAGAUGCUCGUUUCUACCUCGGCAAGCGUGUUGCUUAUGUCUACCAUGCCAAGAGAGAGAAGAACGGUAGCAAGCUUCGUGUUAUCUGGGGCCGUAUUGCUCGCACUCACGGUACCUCUGGUGUUGUUCGUGCUCGUUUCCGCAAGAACUUGCCUCCCAAGGUCUUUGGUGCUUCCGUUCGUGUCAUGCUUUACCCCUCCAACAUCUAA